AUGUCCUUUAGCUAUGCAGAUGCUAUAAAGAGGCAGCAAAGAGAAGGUCGUCCACCUGAGAGCAUUAACAGCAGGAAGAAAGAUGUCAUUAACUCUUUAUCCAACGACGACGGAAAACUGGUUCUUCAUCGAGAAUAUGAAUCAAAAACAAAUCCAAACAAGGGAUCUUCCUUUCAUGACGGCAGCAAGCAUGUUGCCAAGUCAAUAAAUACUUGGAGAGAUAUUGCAGGCAAAAAAAACCUUUCUGGUUCCCCAACCUCCAAACAGAGCUCAGUUCAACGCUCAGAUGGACGCAGAGGGAAGAGAAAAGGCAUCAAUGGGAAUUCAUCAGGUAACGAACAGAAAAGUUCGAAGCCAAAGCCUAGUCUCAGAUCUGUUUCUAUAGGUAAUGUUUUAGCGCCAAUCGCAAAGCAAAACGCCAGGACAAGUUCUGUGGCAUCAGAUGCAAUUCUAUCGAAAUCAACUCAACUGCAACCGAAAUCACAUGUAGAAUUUCCCGCGCUGUCUGCGUCUAUUCGAAAACUCCCAACACCCACUUUGAAAUGGGGUGCCCCACCGAGGCGGGCACCAUCUAAGGGUACAAAACGAGGUGACCAAGCGACCCUUAGGACAAAGCCCAAGAAGGCCCCAAGUAAGAAGGACUCAACGAAACGCAACUCAACCUCAGAUCCAACAACUUCGGUGGCGGCAAUGUUCGCAAAACCACGAGAUUAUCAUGAUAGAGCACGAGAUGGAGAAGAGCACGAGUUAUUAAGGCUUAUGCAAGAACGCACGGUCUACAAGAAAAAGGGUCGACAAAGAGUUGCUCCGCGAAAGAAAAAGCUGACUGCUUUGAAGAAAAAGGUCUUGCAAGAGAGACUCAAGAAGUGGCAAGAGCUGCAUCCAAAUCAAACUGUCUUUGUUGGGAAGGUCAAGGGCAACCUUUCUACCAAUAGCGCUCUGUCUGAAUGCUCCGAAUCCAUAUGUUUAUAUAAUUUUGCCCAUGGUGAUGAUUUGGAGGAUGAUGACGAAUUGGAAGAAGUUGAACAUAACUUACGAGAAAUGGCUGCCAAAGUUGCGGAGGUAGAUAGAAUAUUGGUACCUCGAGGUCUCGAUCGAAGUAGCAAGUACCCAGUAUUUGUCCGGUUCAAGACGAUGGAGGGUGCAGUAACAGCCAAGGCAUGUUGGGAGGGACUAGUGAUCGCAGGAGAUGUGCUAUCGGUUGUCUUCAUCGACGAAUCGAACUUCAAUAGAAAUUCAGAUUGGUCAGAUGAAAUCAUUGCAGCAGAAGGCAAAGGAUCUUUCUCACCAAUGCAUGCAGCGAGCAAAGCAGAUAACAAGACGACAAAAAUUGCGAUUUUGGGCGUGCUUUCUGAAGAUGACUAUGACGACAGUGAUUGCAUGGAAGAGAGUCUCUCAUUUCUUGAACAAGCCGCUGCAAAGUAUGCUAACGUCACAACUGUUCAUCCUUCCGGUGAAAGAGAUGGGAAUGUUGUUCUGGUCUGUUCCGGGGACAGCACAACUGCUCAGGCGGUAGUUCGUGGGCUUUCCAGUACAGUCAUCGCCGGUGAAUCGCUUUCAGCCUUCGUCCUUGAAACGAAUGGUCAAACUUCGGAGUCUAUGCCAUUAUCAUACAUUGUCCUGGAAAACCUUCUGACGCAAGAUGACUUUGAAGACAAGGAGUGCUUGCAAGAAACAUUAAGUGACGUGAAAGAGCUGAUUGAAAAGCACGGCAAGGUCGUCGGCAUUGGGGCUGAGGGCGACAAGGUACAGGUUUGUUUCAUGGGCAACGAUUCAGCUGCUCAUGAUGCUGUGUUUGAAAUGAAUGGUCUUGUCCUUGGUGGUGGUGCUGUUUUUGCGUGCAUAGAAAGGCUUGACGAAAGGUUAGUAUUUCUUAGUAACAUGUUGAGUGAAGAUGAUAUGGACGAUGAUGACUGCCUUGAGGAGAGUCUCAACGACAUCCGAUCUUCCAUCUCAAAGUAUGGAGAGGUUGCAGGGCUGAACAUUAUCCGUGAUCAAAAUAUUGUGGGUGUAAAGUUUGUACCUGAUACGCUCCGGUCAAGCAUUGACACUGUUGUUGCCGAGUUAAACGGCUCUGUCAUCGGUGGCCGGAUCAUCAGUGCUUCCAGCUCCUUUCGUCGAAAUCCCAAUGAUGAAGAGACGUUGGUGGCGAGCAAGCCCCUGCUCCCUGCAACUGGAACUGAUCUGGAAGCUAAGGAGCCUCUCUACAGUGGGGACAAAAUAAUUCCGGAAUUCUUCGCCAAAUGCAAACGAGUACCAAAGAUUCCAAAUGGAGUUGGACUACGUAACUAUGCUCAGGUCACGAAUGAUGAGCAAGUGCGACCAUUGCUUACCGAAAUGCUCGGAGAGCUGAUGAGGCUGCAAAAGAGAGCCAUCGAAGAUAAGAAUGCGAAAGCAAGACGGCGGUUGGUUAUGGGAUUAAGAGAGGUCUGUAGAGGAAUAAGAGCGCACAAAGUGAAAAUGGUCGUGAUGGCAAACAAUUUAGAUGAAUAUGGAGCCAUAGAUGAAAAGUUGCAGCAGAUUAUCGACCUUGCACGGGCAGAGACAAUACCACUGUUCUUUGAAUUCACAAAGCGGAGUUUAGGAAAAGCCCUUGGCAAAACGAUCAAGGUAGCUGUGGUAGGAAUUCAGAAUGCAGACGGUGCUCAUCAGCAAUUUAAGAAAUUAAUCGCAAUCCAACAGCGGUAG